AUGGGAGGGUUCAACCUGGAAGUUUUUGAUGCAAAGGAACCAACACGUUCGAUUAUAACGCUCGAUAAUCUCACUGGUGAUGAGACAGUACUCGCUAUAAAGAAACGUAUAGCGCAGAAAAAGCUAAAAUUGACAGUUGAGCGACAGUCAGUACGUGUUGAGCCUAAAGGGAAAGCUAUUGCUGAUGAGAAGCAGAUCAAAGAGCUCGGCCUAUCUGCACAAAAUGCACAGUUGUACGUGCGUGAUCUUGGACCACAAAUUCCCUGGAAGACUGUAUUUCUACUGGAGUACUUGGGUCCUCUCCUAAUCUAUCCCCUCUUCUAUAUUCGCCCUGCAUUUAUCUACGGUGAAGGAGCAGCUGAUCGACCAUAUCAUCUUGCUGUGACCUACGCGUUUAUUUGCUGGUCCUUUCACUAUGCAAAACGUUUGUUUGAAACCCAGUUCAUUCACCGAUUCAGCAAUGGAACUAUGCCCAGAUUUAACCUUGUCAAGGUAGAGAUUCUUUCUUGA